AUUUCUCUAGGCUCCCUCUGCUCUCUGGGCUUGUACCUGGUAUUUGGCUAUGGGGCUUCUCUGGUCUGCAAUUUGAUUGGCUUUGUGUAUCCUGCUUACACUUCAAUUAAAGCCAUUGAAAGCCCAGAAAAAAAAGAUGACACGAUAUGGCUGACGUACUGGGUGGUUUAUGGCGUGUUCAGCGUAGUAGAAUUUUUCUCGGAUAUAUUUCUCUUCUGGUUUCCAUUUUACUAUCUGGGAAAGUGUGCAUUCUUGCUGUGGUGUAUGGCUCCUUUCUCAUGGAAUGGAUCUCAGAUUCUUUAUAGUCGCUUCAUUCUGCCAUUCUUUCUAAAGCACCAUCGGACUGUAGAUAGUGUAGUGAGCGAUUUGAGUGGCCAGGCUUUGAACACAGCAGAAAAUGUGACCAGACAAGGUAUGUUCUCAGCCCCAUGUUGCAGAGGUUUGCCUUUUUCUUUGCAUUGA